GAGUCUGGCAACUGUUGCCCUAGGAAUAAACGCCAUAGCCACGGUAGCUGUGACGACUGUUACCCACCAACAAAUCUAAGGCAACAUCCGAUGGCAACCCAAACUUAUGUAACAGAUCUUCAGGCAAUGAAUCCAAAUGCUGUACAGAUGAUGACCUUUCCUUGCCAGGCUUUUGGAUUAGAUCUUACUGCUGAUGGGAAUGGCUCUGUGGUGAAAACUACCACCAACCAAGGUACAGUAGGUAGCGCCCAAAAGAUUGGCCAGACAACAACCAUCAUUCAGCCAGCUCAGGCCCACACUGGACAGCAGUUUAUUGUGGCCUCAUCAACAGUGGAGCAGCUGGAGACUGGGGCAGGAGACACUAUCACUCUUCAGGCAGGAGGUCAGACCGUCUACCCUGUUCAGUACGUAGAGAGCAAUGAUGCCGCUAUCUACGCCAAUGGGCAAAUGCAGAACUACCAGGAGUAUGGGCAGAGCACAAUGUACACUCCUGUGUCUGGAACGUAUUACCAGACUGCAGGUGGCACUCAAGUCACAACAGGCUUGGUCCCAGUGGGAAGUUCAGUGCAGACAAUUCAAGGGCAGCUCAUUCAGCAGCCUGGGGGAGGCACCUACUUGAUACAAGGGGGUACAAUGGAUGGUGAGGGGACACCACUGACACAUACAACACGUGCCUCCCCGGCCACAGUAAGAGAGGUUCAGUGGUUGCUUGACAACUAUGAGACAGCUGAAGGUGUCAGCUUGCCCCGCAGCACGCUCUACUUUCAUUACCUGCGUCACUGUCAGGAGCAAAACCUUGAUCCCAUGAACCCAGCCUCCUUUGGCAAACUCAUCCGCUCAGUGUUUCUGGGACUUCGCACUCGGCGUCUUGGAACCAGAGGAAAUUCUAAGUACCACUAUUAUGGAAUUCGCAUCAAAGCCAACUCUCCUCUGAACCAGUUCACAGAUGACCAGACAAUGGCCAUGCGACAACAGCCUAUGUAUGCCACAAAAAAACCAGCAAGCAGCAAGACAGAUAUGGGGGAGGCAGAAGGAGGCCAGGGAGGGGCUACAGGUCCCACAUCUGAGGCUUCACAGGUACACCAGCAGCACCAACAGUUUUUGGGAGAUACUUCAAUGGCACUACCCUCAUUUGGCUCCAUCGACAUCAGUGCAACCCCACUGCCUGAAGGAAUAACAGUCAAUGACCUGCGGAUAUUUGAAAAGUUAUACAAAGAGCAUGCUGAGGCAGUUGUAGAUGUUGUGGUCAAUCUCCAGUUCAGUCUUAUAGAAUCGCUGUGGCAGGCAUUUUGGCGUAACAACCCACCCGAGCAGCGCAGUUCUUUGCUUUACAGUGAUUACGACUUUGAGAAGCGACUGCCCAAAGAAAAGCUUUUUGUGUUGUGUCGCUAUGAACCAGUGCAGAAAUAUGUGCGGCGAGCUGACUAUGCUUUUUACCAGGCUUUGGUGGAAGUUCUCAUUCCUGAUGUUCUGAGACCCAUACCCAGCUCACUGACUCAAGCUAUUCGUAACUUUGCCAAGAGUUUAGAAGGCUGGCUGAAGGCAGCCAUGCAGGGGGUACCCGAGGAAAUGAUCAGAACAAAGGUUGGAGCAGUGAGUGCUUUUGCUCAAACCUUGAGGAGGUACACAUCACUGAACCACCUGGCACAGGCAGCACGGGCAGUUCUUCAAAACACUUCUCAGAUCAACCAGAUGCUGACAGACUUAAACAGAGUUGACUUUGCUAAUGUGCAGGAGCAGGCAUCGUGGGUGUGUCAGUGUGAGGACGCUGUUGUCCAGCAGCUGGAGCAGGACUUCAAGAAGACAUUAAAGCAGGGCAAUUCUUUGGAGCAGUGGGCCAUGUGGCUGGAGACAGUGGUCAAUCAGGUGCUGAAGCCACAUGAAGGUUCACCAUAUUUUCCCAAAGCUGCCAGGCAGUUUCUUCUCAAGUGGUCCUUCUACAGCUCAAUGGUGAUCCGUGACCUGACACUGCGCAGUGCUGCUAGCUUUGGAUCUUUUCACCUGAUCCGUCUUCUGUACGAUGAGUUUAUGUUCUACUUGGUGGAACAUAAGGUAGCCAAUGCCACGGGUGAGACACCUAUUGCUGUGAUGGGUGAAGUACGACAGUUUAUUGACCUCAGCAGUGCUGUGGCUCUCAGUACACUGGAGUCUGACAAACCACCGGUAUCUUCAGCUCCAGCGCUGGCUCGUUCUGCAGAGUCAGCUAUCGUAUCACCUGCCACUGUCCCUACCACACUGAUGCUUAUCACCUCAAACACGGGCACAGCAGCAGCCAACAUGGGUACAACAAUCACUGUCCGCCCCACAGCCAAUGGCAUUGUGAACACUACGUCAGGAACUGCUGGCAGCAAUACUGUAGUGGUAUUGUCAGGAGCUUCUUCUGCAACUACUGCACCUUCCCACACCAUUUCUACAGCUCAAGGCUCGAUAUCCACCGCCGUGACAGUGCGCACAGCCACUGCAGGAGGACAGCCUGGCAAGACCCUCAUGCUAAUGCCAAUCACUGCCACCCCUGCAACAGUUUCUGUCAGCGACAUGCCAGCUGCCAAGCGGAUGAAACCAGAAUAAAUUUGUCCUCUCCCAAACAAUCACCCCUCCCCCAUGCACAUACUUUAGACACUCAGGCAGUGCUUCAUUCCUUGAUUUUUACUUGACACAAGGAUGUCCUGGCAUCCAUGCCAGAGGCAUUGAUGAGGCAUCUGUUUGGCCUUAAACCUCAUUUCUGAGAAAUGUUUCUGCAGACCCUGCAUCUUGUUCUCGCUCCCACUUCUUUAUUGGUGUAAUAUUUUUCGAAUUUAUUCCUGUGAUGUAUUUGAUACAUUUGGAUGACAGUCUUUGAGGGCAACAUUUACCCAUAAGAUGACAGUGGGUAAAUAAAAGCUUCCCCUCCCAUCCCCAACACCAGUGACAUCUUGUGCAAGAGACUUCUAUUUAGGAGGAGUAGAAGAUGCAUGUCAGCAUCACCUGUUGUCCAGACUGGAAAUUCUGCUGGUGAAUUCAGGAGAAAGGUUGAUUUGUGAAUAGUUUUGCUCCAAGAAGAGUCUGUAAGGUUUUAAUUAUGGACUUGCUUUUUAUUGCCUUUGUUGGAAGACUUGAAUAUGUUGGAUGGAUAAGGAUGUAAGCCACAUGCACACUGCAUAAGUGAGGAAUUUUGCUGACAGUUGACCGGGUUCCCUUUCACUCUUCCCACUGAAGCAUAAUUUUGAUAUGGCAGAUAAUGGAAAUGUUUAUUUUGUGUGAGAAAUGCUGCUGUUAUUGCACCUCUGUCAGUCAUAAAUAUUUUUUCUUUUAGAAUAUGAACUGCUGGUAAGUAGCCAUUGUAGAUAGACAUAGCCCUGCUCCUGAAAUAUUUUUGAAAAAAAAUAGUGCAGGUCAAUGAGAGCAGAAUCAAGGGUUGAUGUGAGUUACAGAAUUGUAGACAAGUAGAUGGACAGCAGAUAGUGCUCAUCAGCUUUCCAUAUUUGUGCUGCUUUGGGAUAUUGUAGCACAGAUUGGGCCAGAGUGUUUCAUGAUGCCACACUGUGGAAGGGUGGGAGUAGGGUAGGAGCAGUAGAUGUAGAGAUGCGGUAACAAGACUGGAAAAAAUGGCAAAAAUUACUGAAAAGGAUGUAGUGUUCACAGUAGAGAUGGAGCAGGUAUUCCAGAAAGAUCCUAGAAGAGUGAUAAUUUGGAUUUUCCUCCAGGAUGAGGACAGCAGUUUUGAUAACAAAAGAAAAAAA